AUGGGUAAAUCACAACUAUAUCAACCCAUUGAUGUGCAGUCUGACGACGGCAACAAGUCCAGCACUGAGGCCGAGGAGAGAUAUGGUCUUCUCUACGGAGAGGUCCGUCCGCUCCCUCGACACAGCAAGCUUGUCCGGGCGCUGCUCUGGCUGGCCGCCAUCAUCGGUAUCAUUGUCUACACGGCCGUGGUGGCCGGGACUGCUGCAUUUACCGCCUACAGGUUUCUCCAGAAGAACACUCUCCACGGGACCCGGUUUCUUAAGUCUCCUGCCAACGACUAUAUUACCUAUGAGUCUCGCGUGAUGGAUCAGUUCGAGUACGACAACGAGAAGCAGUACUUUACCGAUCCAAGCCCUGAGAUUGACGCCAAUUGGCAUGAGCUUUGGCGAUGGUCAAUAGACCAGAACAUUGCCAUUCAGCCGGAGCUGAUGGAAGAAAUGGGCCGAGCCGAGGAAGGCAUCCGCUUCCCGGAUGGUACCUACUUUGGUUCGAUGAUGGUCUUCCAUAACCUUCACUGCCUCAAAAACAUCUACCACACCCUUCACCCGCACUACUAUGGCAUGAACAAGUACUCCGAGAGUGAGCGGGCGCAGCACAAGGAGCACACUGAACACUGUCUCAAGAUGCUCAAGGACGCCGUCAUGUGCCAGGGCGACCCGACCAUCUUGACCAUGAAGUGGGCAGAGACUGGGCUCCGGCCCAUCGGGAACCUGACCAGCCCCCACGAGUGUGUGAACUGGGACAGGCUCAUGGAGUGGGUUGUGCCAAACUCGAGAAACGUUUUUGAGGAUGGCAUGCUUGUGCAUCCGACCCGCGGUUCGUAUAAUACCCCUUCAUUAUUUUGCCGCUUGCCCAGGGGGGAUGGAGGCUGA